AUGUCUUUAGACGAUCAACACGGCAUUGAAUUGGCACAGUCUCCCAUGAUUGAUCGAGAACGUCAUGAAUCGGAAUCCGAACGACGUCGAUUCGAUGUUAAACGUUAUAUACCUACAGCAUUACGUGCUCAAGAUAAAAGUCAAGCACCUGCUGUCUUAUUAGAUGCUCGAUUUUAUUCAAUGAAAAAAACAGCUAUGACUGUAAUGUGUCUACUGAUAAUCAUCAUGAGUAAUAGUGUACAAUUAAAACAUGUACUCAAACGAGGUGGUGACCAUCCAUUCUACGGUACUCAAGUUACACUUGGUAUUGUCUCUGUCCUUAUGUGUGCGUCUAUUGGCUUUGUUCAAAUGUAUACAUUUCUCUUCACAUCACUCGAUCAUUUACCAUUAUCAUCAUCUUUAAUGGCAAAUUUGACACGUUAUGAUCAACUUCUUAUUAUACUUCCAGCUAUUUUAACAAUUUUUCUAGUUUUAUUGGAUUUUACUUUUUUAAUUAUUAUGUUUAAGUUUUAA